AUGGAAAUAAAAGAUAAAAACAAUCUUUAUGAAAGAAAUAAUGGAGAUGUUGCUGUAAUUGGUGCAGGUUUUAGAGUUCCAAGUGGAGAUUUAAAAAAAUCAAUUUCAAAUACAAAUGAAUUAUGGAAUGGGUUAUCGAGAGGAUUAAAUGGUAUCGUAGAGACAUCUGAAAGAUGGUCUGAUAACUAUGCUGCUACAGGUGAUAUCAUUUGUAAAUAUGCUGGUCUUAUUCCUCUUGAUGAAUGGAAAUCUUUUGACCCUAUUUUCUUUGGUAUCCAUCCAAGUGAUGAAAAUGUCAGUUCUAUCGAUCCUCAACAAAGAAUGCUUUUAAAAUGUACAUGGGAAGCAUUAGAAGAUAGCGGAAUAGAUCCAAUAGCAUUAAGAGGUUCAAACACAAGUACUUUUAUGGGAUCUUCUACCAUAGAUUAUAAUUCUAUAAACAAAUCUCUAUUUGAAACUCAAAAUAAUAUUUUCGGAUCCACAUCUCAUUCAGUCGCCAAUAGAAUAUCAUAUUGUUUCGAUUUUCGUGGAGAGUCACUUACUAUCGAUACUGCAUGUAGUUCAUCAUUAAAUGCGAUUAACCUUGGUUACAAGUCAAUUAAAGAUGGUGUUUCAGAUUUAUCUAUCGUAGGUGGUGUUAAUUUCAUUAUUGAUCCUCAUAUUUCAAAAUCAUUUACCCAGUUAGGUAUGUUAAGUCCAACUGGAAAGUGCCACUCAUUCUCAUCAGAUGCUGAUGGUUAUGUUCGUUCAGAAAGUGUUGGUGUUGUAGUAUUGAAAAGUUUAGAACAAGCAAUAAAAGAUGGUAAUAACAUUUAUUGUGUUAUCAAAGGCUCAAGUUCAAAUGUAGAUGGUAACUAUGACAAAACAAACUUUUAUUCACCAUCAAAAUCAUCACAAUAUGAAAAUAUUAAAUCUGCUAUUCAAUCUACCAAUGGUCAAAUCAAUGCAUCUGAUAUUGACUAUGUUGAAUGUCACGGUACUGGUACACCAAAUGGAGAUCCAAUAGAACUAGAAGGUAUUUCAAGAGUAUUCAAAGAUACAAACAAACAAGUUUUGAUUGGCUCUAUUAAAUCAAAUAUUGGUCAUGGUGAAGCAUCAUCAGGUGUAAUAGCAUUAAUCAAAUGUUGUGUCAUGUUUAAAAACCAAUCAUUUGUUCAAAAUAUCAAUUUUAAAUCACCAAAUCCUGAUAUCAAUUUUGAAGAAUGGCGUUUAAAAGUUGUAACUGAACCAACACCAUUCAAUAACAAUAAAAAUACUGUUAUGGUUAUAAAUAAUUUUGGGGUAACUGGCUCAAAUUGCUCUAUUGUUUUAUCAGAAUAUAGUAUUAAAAAGAAUCAAAACUCUAAAAUAAUAAAUAAAAAGUAUUUAAUACCAUUUUCAUCCAAUUCUUUGAUUUCAUUGGAUAAUUAUAAACAAAUAAUAGUCAAUCAAUCAGACACAUUUGAUUUCAAUCAAUUUGCAAACAAUCAAAUUAAAUUUAAAUCAACAUCACUUGUUCAAAGAUCAGUUAUUAUUGCAAGUAACUGGAAUGAAUUUGUUGACAAAAAAAAUGAAAUAUCAUCAAAUUCAAAUACAUUUUCCAAUAUUACAGUUAAAAAUAAGAGCCCAUUUACAGUUUUUGUACUCAGUGGCCAAGGAUCGCAAUAUAAUCGAAUGGCAUUGGAAUUAUAUGAAAAUGAAACAAUUUUCAAGCAAUGGACAGAUAAAUUCGAUAAUGAACUUUUCAAAUACUAUGGAUACUCUGUUUUAGAAAAGCUAAGAUCAAUCGAUGAUAAUGAUAUGAUGUCGAUACAUGAGCCAAUUCUUGCACAACCUGCAAAUGUAAUGAUUCAAGUAUCAUUAUUCGAACUAUAUAAACACUGGGGUAUCAAAGCAGAUUUAAUCGUUGGUCAUUCUCUUGGUGAAAUAUCAGCAUCAUAUUGCUCUGGUAUGAUUGACUUUGAAACAUUAUGUUAUUUAGUAUACCACAGAUCGGUAGCCCAAAAUAGAACAACUGGUACUGGUAGAAUGUUAUCUGUUAAUAUAAGUGCUGAAGAAUAUAUUUCAAAUUAUUCAUCAAAAUACCCAACAAUUGAAUUUGCCUGUUACAACUCGCCAUCAUCAAUUGUAAUCGCAGGUAAAGAACAUUUGUUAAAUGAAAUUGCAACUGAUUUAAAAUCAAAAGAUAUAUUUUGUGCAAUGUUAGGGUCACUAUCAUCACUCCAUACAUCAAGCCAAUUAGUUAUUAAAGAUGAAAUAUGUUCAAUGAAUAUUAAAUCAAAUCAAUCAACAACACCUGUAUUUUCAACAGUCACAACCAACUUAUUUAAUCACGAAACAACACCAUUCAAUUCAGAAUAUGUAUUUGAAAAUGUUUUACAACCAGUAAGAUUCACUCAAACCAUUUCAAACAUAUACAAAUACAUUGAAGAAAACAACUAUGGUAAUGAAGUAACAUUUAUUGAAGUUGCACCACAUCCAACACUAUCAUUCUAUUUAAAUCAAAUGAAAUCAAAACAAUCACCAUAUUUCAAUAAUGGAGAUAAAAUAACUAUUCAUUCACCACUUCACAAAAAGAAAAAUGACUAUGACGAGUUUUUAAAAACAAUUUCAACACUUUAUGUAAACCACUCAUUUAAAAUUAAUUUUAAAUCACAAAUUGAUUACACCGAUAGUAGUAUCAGCAACCUUCCAAUUAAUAGUUUACCACUAUAUCAAUGGGAUGAUAAAAUGUAUUUCAAAAAUAAUUCAACAUAUGAAAAGAUUAAAAAAGAAGGACCUCCAAUCCAACAUCUUGGUAAUACAAAUGAACUACCAUUUAUAUCGUAUCAAACAUUUAUAAAUACUAAUAAACAACCAUUCCAAUGGCUAAAAGGACAUCAAGUAAAAGGUAAAUAUUACUUCCCAGGAUGUGGAUAUGUUAUAAAUUUAUUAAACAUUUAUCCAAAUCAAGAUAUUACAAUCAAUAAUAUCGAAUUUAGAACACCAUUAAUCUUACAAGAUGGAGUCGAUCGAUGUUUACAAACAACAAUCAACACACUAUCAAAGAAUGAAUACAAUGUCAAAUCUCAUUUCAAAGAUACAACAACAAAUCAAUGGGUAUUAUGCUCCACUGGUAACUUUAGUCUAUUCAAACAUGGUAAUGAAAUUAACAAAAUUAAUAUUGAUAGAUUAAAAACCAAAUGUAAUUUCAUCACCAAACUAUCCAAAUCUGAUCUUUAUGAAUCAAUUAAAAUCAAAACUGGAUUAACUUAUAAAGGACUAUUCCAAGGUGUCAAAGAAUGCUAUAUUGGUGAUAACUGUUCACUUUCAAUUGUAUCAUUAAAUGAAAUUCAAAAUCAAAAUGAAUUCAAUCAUUUAAUUGAAAACGAUUCAAUGAAAUCAUUCUUUAAUGCUGCAAUACUAGAUUCGUGCUUACAUGGUAUUAUGUGUUACAUUCAACAUCAAAGUCUAACUAUAUUAGAUAGAAUCGAAGGAUUAAAAUACUAUUCAACAAAUAUACCACCAAAUAAUCAACAAUCUGAAUUAUAUGUAUAUACUGAAAUGAAGCCAAAAACUGGCUCAUAUUCAUACUCUGGAUCAGUCAAAAUAAUGCUAAAUGAUGGUACUUUAUUAGUUGAGAUUACAAAUAUUGUUUGUACAUCACUUACACCUAUCAUCGACAACACACUAAUUAUUCCACCACCAUCAAAUGAAAUCUAUACUCCAUAUCAACAAUCAAAAGACUCUAUAAUUAAAAAACCAGAAUCAUUCAAACAUCUAUACCAAAUUGAUGAACUAAGUGUCAAAGAUCAAGAUUAUCAAUUAAUAUCAAAUGAACAUUUAUUAUCACUCUUUUAUACACAUAUCAAUCAAAGAUGUCCAGAUAUCAACAAUGAAACAUUAUCAACAAUCGAUUACAACCAAUUUAAACAAUUAUAUUACAGAGAAUCAAUUAAUGAAAACCUAUUUAUUUUUAUUUUUGAAAAUUUAAAAAAUUAUAACGAAUUAGGAAAUAAAAAACAAAUAAACCUAUUUAAACAACUUAAUAAAAACGAAAAGCUAUUUGAAAAAACCACCAAAAUAAUGGCAAAACAAAUAUUCCCAUUAGAAAAUGAUGACGAAUACACUGAUACAGCUCAAUCACUUUUUGAUGGUGGGUUUUUAGAAGACUUUUAUAAAACAUCAAAAACUGUUCAACCAAUAAACAUUUUAUUAAGUGAAAUAAUAUUAGAAACUAUCAAACCAAUUUCCAACGAACCGAUUGUAUUCAGAAUAUUAGAAUUUGGAGGAGGUGUAGGCUCAUUAUCAAUUAUCGUACUCGAAAAGAUUAAUAAACUAUUAAUCGAAAAUCCAUCAUCAAACAUUGACAUUGAGUUUACAUGGAGCGAUGUUUCUGCAUCAUUUUUUACUGACAUCAAAGAAAAGUUUUCAAAUAUCAAAGGAGUCAAUAUUAUCUAUCGUGUUCUAGAUUUAGAAAAAGGGUUAAUUGAUCAAGAAUUAAGACCAUCAUAUUAUGAUAUGGUUAUAAUGUCAAAUGUAUUACAUGUUGUAAAACAACUUAAGUUCAGUUUAAAUGAAAUUCAUAACAUUUUAACACCAAACGGUCAAUUAAUUUAUAUUGAACCACCAUACAAAUCAAUUAUAUAUGACUCUAUAUUCGGUGUAUUCUCUCAAUGGUGGCCAUCAACAGAAGAUUUAGAAAUUAGAAAAGAUAGAUGUUGUAUGAAACAAUCAAAUUGGUACAAACUAUUAAAUGAAUGUAAUUAUAAAGACACAAUAAUUUCUGGUAAUGAUAACCAAGUAUUUUUAAUUCAAACAAGAAAACCAACAAUAAAUGAAAUAGUUUUAUCAAAUAGAGAACCUAUAGAACAAUUAACUUCAUAUAAUAAUAUUAUAUUAUUUGGAAACAGUGAUAAUUACAAAAUCAACCAAUUAUUUAAAUCAAAUAAACAAUUAAACACAAAAAUACAUCAAAUGAACAGUUCCAAAGAGUUUAAACAUUGGCUUCAACAAUCAAUCGAUUCAAUUAAACAAUGUAAAACAUUAAUAAUGUUUAUGAAAACAAUUGAUACAUUAGAUGUAACCAACUUUAAAGAGAUAACAUUCGAAUACAUUCAAAUUAAUCAAAGCAUACUCCAACAUGAACUAUCAGAUUACUUUACACAUGUUCUAAUAUCAGUAAACUCAACAUCUGAUAACUACUUAUCAUCAUCAAUCGUUGGUGCUGCAAGAUAUUUUGUAGAAUUUCCACAAUUAAAUCUAUUCACAUUAAACUUUGAUAAUAUUUCACUUCAAAAUGAAAAUAUAUUAUCACUUAUCGAUAUAUUAAUAAAUCCAACAUCAAAUAUUCAAAGAGAAUUUACAAUUACAAAUAACACAGUUUAUUAUGAAAGAUACAAAAAACAAAGCAAAUUUAAACAAACAUUUAAAUCUGAAUCAUUUGAAACAAAUAAAGACAACUUAAUGAUUCAACUUGAUCCAAAUUUAGAAUAUGUAUUAAAAACUAAAAAACAACAAUUAAAACCAAAUGAAAUCGAAAUCGAAGUUAAAGGUACUGGUAUCAACUAUAAAGACUAUUUAAUGUAUAUUGGUCAAGUAUCAAAUUAUAUCGAUAUCAACUAUGGUAAAGAAGAAGAGGUUGAAAAUGGUGCAAACCAAGCCCCGAAUAUUUGUAAUGACUUUAGUGGUAUUAUAACUCGUUGUGGAAGCAAUAUAAAGAAAUUCAAAGUUGGAGAUGAAGUAUUUGGCUCAGCUUCAAAAACUAGUGGAUCACAUGUUGUUAUAGAUUACAGAUAUGUAUAUUAUAAACCAAAUAAUAUGAACCAUGUACAAGCAGCAUCUAUUCCAUCGAUUUAUGUUACAACAUUACAUAGUAUAUUUUAUAUUGGUAAUUUACAAUCAGAUCAAACAAUUUUAAUUCACUCAGCAUCAGGUGGUAUAGGUCUAUCAGCAUUAGAACUAUUAAAGUGUAAACAACACAAAGGUUAUAUAUUUUUAACAGUCGGUUCAAAAGAUAAAGAACAAUACUUAAUAGACAAAUAUGGCUCAUUUAUUACUGGUAUUUAUUCAUCAAGAAAUAAAAACUAUUUUCAUCAAAUAAAAAACAAAUUAUUAGAACUAGAAUGUGACAAAGAUCAUCAAGGUGUAGAUUUAAUAUUAAAUACAUUAUCAUCGGAAUAUAUGGAUUCAAACUUCCAAUGUUUAAACAGUUGUGGUAGAAUUGUAGAUCUUUCAAUUACACAUUUAACACCAAAUGAUUAUAUGACAAACAAUCACUUUAAAUACAACUAUGGAUAUUAUAAUGUAGAGAUGGUUUAUUUAUCAGAAUCAUUAUUUAGAAACUAUUUAAAAAAAAUAUUUAAAAUGUUCAAUUCAAACAAAUUAGAACUAAUUCCAAUCAUUGAGUAUUCAAAUAGUCAAUUCAAAAAUGCACUCGAAUAUAUCAAUGAAAGACAACACAUCGGUAAAAUUGUAGUUAACCAUGAUACUGAUAUGCUAUCAAAGGUACUCAAUGAGCAACAACAAAAUAAUUCAAUUAUUAUGAAGAGUAGUUAUGAUAUAUCAAGAUUAGAUAUUGGUAAAAACAUAUUAGUAACAGGUCAAACAGGUAUUAUAUUAGAAAUAAUGAAAUGGCUUGUUAAAUAUUCAAACAAAUCAAUCGAUAAUAUUAUAAUUCUAUCAAGAUCACCAUUAAAAUGGGAAUUAGAACUAUUAAUCAAUCAAACUAAACAUCAAAAAGAUAAUACAAUCAAAUUCCACUUUAAUCAAAUCGAUAUUGAAGAUAGCAACGAAAUUCAGAAACUAUUAAACCAACUAGAGUCCAAUUCAAACAUUACAAAUAUCGAUACAGUAAUGCAUUUUGCAUUUGUAAACGAUAUUGGUGAUGUUCAAGAUGUCGAUAUGAAUCGUUUAAAUAUUGCACAUGGUGCAAAAACAAUUGGUGCAAUCAAUUUACACAACGAAUCAAUUCAACGUUCAUGGAAAAUAAAACAAUUUAUAAUGGCAUCAUCAGUUGUAUCAAUAUUUGGCUCAGAUCAACAAUGUUGUUAUGUAAGCGCCUGUAGUGUCGUUGACUCGUUAUCUAAAUUUAGACAGUCCACUGGAUUACCAUCACUAUCAGUUAAUUUAGGUGCAAUAUCAUCAACUGGUUUUAUUUCAAGAAAUGAUGCAAUAGAAACAAUGUUGCAUAGUUCAGUAUUAAAAUUAUUUUCACCUCAAUUAAUUUUAAGCUCAUUAGAUUUAUUCAUUCAAAAUAGCAGCAAAUAUUCAAAUUAUUGUUUAUCAGAUUUCGAUUUUGAAAACUUACAAUCAAAUAAAUCAAACAAUUACCAUUUUAAACUUGAUUAUCAAAUAAAUAUGAUUAGAAAAAAAAACAAAUCAAUCAAUUCAAUAAGUGGUGAUAAUGAUGAAAGCAUGAAACAAUCAAUUAUAAAUAAGAUUUCAGAACUAUUAUCAAUAGAUGAAUCCAAAAUAAAUCUUGAUCUCCAACUGACACAAUAUGGAUCUGAUAGUUUAAUGCAAGUUCAACUAAAAAACUGGAUCGAUAAUCAAUUUGGACAUAAUUUAAUUACCAUUCAACAAUUACAAAACAAUAAAAUUUCACAAUCAAUAGAUAUUAUUACCAAAACAUUCAAAAAUAAAAAUAAUAACACAAAGAAAGAAUCAAUAGCAGACAAAGAAAAUAAAAAAUCGAUUGAAGAAUUUAUUCAAGAUGAAAUUAAAUUAGAAGAUUCAAUAGUAUCAAAACCAUAUUCAAUGGAAUCUAUAUUAAAUAAUAAUAAUAAAUCAAUAUUACUAACAGGUUCAAAUGGAUAUCUUGGUGGAUAUUUAUUAAAUCAUUUAGUUCAAAUGCAAAGUUGUUCAAAAGUAUAUUGUUUAAUUAGAAAUAAAUCAAAUUCACCAAACCCAGUAAAUGAAAUUAUAAAUAAUCUUAAACACCAUCAACAAUAUGACAAUCUAACUCAACAACAACUAUCAAAGAUUAUUGCAAUCACAGGUGAUAUUUCAAAAUAUAGAUUUGGACUUUCAAAUGAAACAUAUUCAAUACUUUCAAACGAAGUAGAUAUCAUAAUAAACUCAGCAGCUGAUCUAAAUUUACAAUCAAAAUACCAUGAAUGUAAACCUGUAAAUGUCAAUGGUGUUAAAGAAUUAAUUAAAUUCUCGAUUUCAAACGAAACACAAAAACCAAUUGUCCAUUUUUCAUCAAUCUCAGUAUUCUUUAACUAUACAUUACAUGAUCAAGAGUUUGACGAAGAUAAAAUAUUACCAAGAUUUGAAAGCACAUCAAUAGGAUAUGUACAAACAAAAGUAAUCUCAGAACGUCUAUUAACAUAUGCAGAAAAAUCAAGAGGUAUUCCAUCAUUAAUAAUUCGUUUACCAGAUAUCUGGUCAAAUCCUGAAACUGGUAUAGGUCAUCCAAACGACUUUCUCCAACUAUCAGUUCAAGCUUCUAGUGUUAUUGGCUGUUAUCCAAAUAUAUAUAAAGACUUGUUUACUACACCAAUUACAGUUUUAGCUAGAAAUAUAAUAAAUAUGAUAUUUAAUGAGAAGAGUUGGGUAAAUUCAAAUUCAACCUCAAAUUCAAUUUAUUCUUUAAAUGGUGAUUCAAUUGAAAUUAAAACAAUAUAUAAAGUAUUAGAGAAAUACUAUAAUUGUGAAGAAAUAGAAUUUGAAAAAUGGCAAGAGAUAGUUUCACAAUCAAAUCAUAAAUCAUGUAUCAAUUUUAAUAUACAUCACAAACAAAACAAAAAAACUUUUGCUUCAGAUAUUUUCAUUGAAAAAGGUUUCAAAAUGUCAAAUAAAACCAAACAAUUAUUAAAAUCAAUUAGUUCAUAUGAUGAAAAAGAAUGGGAAAUUAAUGAUCAAACAAUUAUAAAUAAUAUAACUUGUAUUAAUUAUAGGGAUCACAAUUUAGGUUAUUUUUAG